AUUCACUGUAUUCUGAGUUUCUCGCCAACCUUUUUUGAGCCAAGGCACAUAGUUUACAUGAGAAAACUCACGCACACCCACCAAACAAAAAUGUCACAUGUACACAGUCUGUAGUCUUGUGUCGAUGAACACUUUGUAUGAUUGUGAAUGGUAACUGGUGGAUUACACAGGUUGCACCUUCUGACAUCUAGUGGAUGAGUAUUUCAUUGUUCUGCCUGUCACUAUAAGUCGCUGACAUGAUGGAUAGAUGUACCUAGAUACAUUAUUUAUAGGAAGUAAUCAUUUUCAGACUAAUGAAUUCAAAUUGGAUCAUUUGGACACAGUUGGGAAUCAAGAGACCGUCCGUGAUGAUGCAACACAUCAUUGAUUAUACUGCAUAUACUGCCUAUUAUUCUAUGUCAGAAAAAAUAAAUAAAAUAACAAGAAAAGAAUGUAAAGCGAGAAACCCAAGCUGCACAUGAACGCAUCUGCCAAUUCAAGACAAAUGGCAACAAAGGGAGAAAGAGGUUCUCUGUAUUUUCUCUUUGACCCACUUCAUCCAAGAGGAGACUGUGAAAAAAAAACGCACUGCAGCAAAGUGGAGACUGGAAUAUAAUGUUGGAUAUUCAGUAUUUCAUUCGCAAAAGGCUACAUAUGUUAUGUAAGAGGUGAUGGCAGGCAGCGAGAAUUGGAGACUGGAGUUUAUCCUGGGUCCCCCCGAAUUGAAUAUUCUCUGAAAGGAGACUGUGGGCAUGGAGACGACAGGGCUGCAAAAUAAUAAACGGUCUCAGCAUUUGUGCAGUUUUACAAACAUUUUCCAAGAAUAGACUGAGCAGCAAUGAGCUAAACUGUGGAGUAUAAUACGUCAAUCCUUUUUUCUUUUGUAGUUGUUUUUAAAUCUCAGAUGAGACUGCGGACAUUGAGGAAAAACUGGGACCUAGCAACAGCGAAGUUGAGAAUGUAGAAUGGAAUAUUGCAACAUCCAGAGCUAAGGCACCUUACUUUUUGGGCUGUAAAUCUUAGAAUGCCCAUAAGGAAGAAAAGUUUAUUAGAGGACACACUGCGGGCAGUGAGAAAAUUGAAACGCUGCAGCAAAAUGUAGACUAGAGCGCAGCAGGAGCUAACGUUAAUUCUUUUGUCACUUCUAGUCACACCAGCACAAUCUGCUCGACCAAUCAGACACCACCAACAUGUAACAGGUCCCGGAAACAGUAGCCGCCUUUACCGGUGGAAAAGCCAGUGGACCCGAGCAGGUGCCGUGCGGUUGUCAAGUGGCGUACGGUUAGUCCACUUCAUUUGAAGUUAUUCCUUCUCACGAUUCUUAUGAAGAGACGUUUGUACAAGAAGAGACGUGUUGAAAGAUGCAUUGGAAGUGGAAGUGUUUUGUUACAGUAUGAUGAUGACACUCAAGUGCUGUUGUAUGGACAUACCAAUGGUCACUUUAUAUGGGGUCGACAAUCAAAUACAAUUGUGUAUUUUAUUAUCUACCCCAUGCCUUUUUUUAAUUCUGUUUUUUAAUGGUUUUGUACGUUUGUUUUUGUUGCUCCAUUUUUAUUUUUAUUUUUUGGAUGCACUGGAUAACUGAAUAUCACUCCAUCAAAUUAAAAUGAAAUGAAGACGGAGUUCACUGCUUUACACCUUAUUAUUCAUGACCAUCAUCAAAAUGAUUCUGGUUAGUUUCGUUUUAGUCGUCUUGAUUUAGUGUCAUACAAAAAGUCCGUUUUUUAGUUUUUAUUUGUUUUAGGUGAAAGCAGUACUAAAAAUGAGCCUCUCAUUUUUGGGUGACGCUCAGACUCCCGGCAUGCAUGAAAGGUUUCCCAGGGCUCUUGAACCCAAAAGUGUUUAUUUUUCUCAAGUUAAAAACUUUUGAUGUUUUUCAGAAUAUGUUUUAAUUACACCUGUUGCUCAACCUAACCCAUUUUUAUUUAUUUUUUUACUAAAAUAUUACAUAUUGUACGGAUGUUACAUUGGUUUUGGUAUGAAAACCUGCUCGAGGAAAAAACAAGGGCAGAUUGAAAAACAGCACCCCAAAAAACAUCCAGAAACGUUAACUUGCAUCUUUUGGUCAAGUAGGCUUUCCUUGACAUUUCUGUCAUCUUAGCUUGUAGACUUUUUCUCCCUAGCGUCCGAUCUUUUUCCACAUGCAUCGGUGGUGCAAGGCGUUAUGAAAGUGCGACGCAAAAUCCUCUUAUCAGCUCCACUGUGAACUUCAGUCACAUCUUUUACCUUUGUCGCUGUGAGCCCCCCCCCCACCCCCUUGCGCCAUGAAGAACAAAAAAAUUAAUGAGAGCUCGCAGAGUCCAGAAUAGGCGGACACGACAUAGUAACUGAGACUUUGUCAAAUCCUCCAGUUGAUGUGUUAAUAGUUAAUGAUGAUGCGGAAUUACAUUUGCCUGUCAUGCUAGUUACAGUGGGGACAAGGGGGCAUAAUGGGGGGGGGGGGGGGUCAAAUGUGGCCUAUGACAAGGUUGUUUGUUUGAAGAGCGCUCAAUUGAACAUUGACUUUUUGACAGUCGCUGGACUUUUGACUCCCGGGGACACAACAGUAACGCCUCUCGCUUCGUGUAUCGUAAAGACGUCGGAGGGUGUGUGUGUGGGGUGGGAGGGGGUCACACAUAAAUAACGGAGCCAAACCACAUCCAUCCUGCCCUUUAUGGAUUACAAGCUGCUAAUCCUACCCGGCGACACCUGAGGAUCCACAUUUCACCCCAUAUUGUGGGCAACAUGGUCGGCCUAAAACCCUCAGACGUGCCUCCACCCUUAGGGGUGAAGAUGGCCAGCGCGGGGGCGGCGGCGUGCAUCGCCGACAUCGUCACAUUCCCCCUGGACACUGCCAAAGUCAGACUGCAGAUCCAAGGCGAGAAGAAGGUGGCGGCGGCAGAAGCCAAGGCCAUCCGCUAUAGGGGCGUGUUCGGGACCAUCAGUACCAUGAUCCGCACCGAGGGUCCUCGUUCGCUCUAUAACGGGCUGGUGGCGGGUCUGCAGCGGCAGUUGUGCUUCGCCUCGGUGCGAAUCGGCCUCUACGACAACGUCCGAGAUUUCUACACCGGGGGAGCAGAAAAUGCAGGAGUGUUGAUGCGUAUCCUGGCCGGCUGCACGACGGGCGCCAUGGCGGUGUCGUUUGCUCAGCCCACCGACGUGGUGAAGGUGAGGUUCCAGGCUCAGAUGAACCUGGACGGAGUGGCGCGGCGCUACAGCGGCACCAUGCAGGCCUACAGGCACAUCUUCCGCAACGAAGGACUGCGCGGACUCUGGAAAGGAACGUUGCCCAACAUCACGAGGAACGCGCUGGUCAACUGUACCGAGCUGGUGACGUACGAUCUUAUCAAAGAGGCCAUCCUGCGACACAGGCUCAUGUCAGACAACCUGCCAUGUCACUUUGUGUCGGCCUUCGGCGCCGGCUUCGUCACCACGGUGAUCGCCUCCCCGGUGGACGUGGUGAAGACGAGGUACAUGAACUCGCCGCCCGGUCAGUACCGCAGCGCUAUCAAUUGCGCCUGGACCAUGUUGACCAAAGAGGGGCCCACGGCUUUCUACAAAGGGUUUGUGCCAUCCUUCCUGAGGCUCGGCUCGUGGAACAUCGUCAUGUUCGUCUCCUUCGAGCAAAUCAAGCGUGCCAUGAUGGUGACCAAGAAGCGCUUCGACGCCUCCAACUGAGCCCAGAAUGCACUGGACACAACAUUAGGUACACUCAGCCAUGAUGAUGGAUGGGAUCAUCAAAUAAUUCAUUUUUAUGUUUACAAGGAAGUCAUUGUAACAAUACGAGGAUUUUUUUUUUCUGAUGAAGUACUUGUAGAAUAUAUCUUUGGAAAUGAAUAUAGUAUCUUGAAUAUGAUUUUUGAUUUGAAUAGUUUGAAUAACUACAUGCCAUCAAUACAAUUCAACAUUUAUUAAAAGGCAAGUGUCAGAAUUGAACCCUUUCAGGGGCGGCGGGGAGUGCAGCAGAAUUGUAAAAUGAUUAUAUUGAUGCCCACAUGAAAUAAUUUCAAUAAUUCAAUGCAAUAAAUUUAAUGCAACCAAUAGUGGUGCCUUCUAAAAUACAAUAUGGAAAUGUUCUACCUGUAAUUUGUUUCCGAAUUGUCUAAACAAACAAAAAAAACUCCUCCGAGGUGCCUUGUACUCAUUAAUGCUCUACAAGACGCAUUUUUGACAUUAUCAAUGUACUUCUCAACGUUAUUUAAAGCCAUGUUAUGUUUUAUUUGACGAGCUACAUCACAGUACUUCUCCUCGGAGAUCAAAUGUGUACCUAAUGUUGUCUCCGGUGCAUGAUGACAUACUUUGUAUGAAGAGUGGGGUCGGGUUGGGGGGUUGGUUCACGUUUGCACUUUAUUCAGUCGUCCAAAUGUCCAUCGUACUCGCAUGUAAAAGCUGUUUACAUGAAGAAGACUUUCUAUAAACAAAGUUCACCUCGUUUA